AUUAUGAAUUUCCUAAAGAUGAUGAAUUUCCAGAAGAUAAUGAAUUUCCAGAAAAUGGUGAAUUUCCAGAAAAUGAUGAAUUUUUUAAAGAUAAUAAAUUUUCCAAGAAUAAUAAACUUUCUAAGGAUAAUUCUUCUUUUUAUUACAAAACUAAUAAUCUAUCAAUUAGUUCUAGUAGUAGAGCUGUUUUUGCAGUUCAUGUAGACAAUCAACCUCCUAUAACAAAAAAAAAAAACUAA